AACAAUACAUGAAUAGAGUCUAGAUCUAGCAACUCCCCACAGCUGAUCUGAGUUACUCAGGCUAUUUAAUUUACAAAUAGUCUCUUAGUCUAGAGGCAUUGGGACAUUCAGAAACAUGAUACAGAUCUAGAUCUUAUUGUAAAAAUUAUGGAUGAUAAUUGCGGUCGAUUUAAUUAUAUUUAUAGUUCUGAGCUAGAUGCUGAGUUUGAGAUUAAAAUUGGCAGCUUAGAAGGGAAAAGAAACAGACCAAGCUAUCAUAAUUUAAUAGAACAAGAUUCUGUUGGAUAUUUUUCUGGUUCUUACCAAGGAGAAUGUUCAGACCUUCGAGUAACUGUGCAAGUUUUUAAUAAUGGACUUCCGAUCACACUCCCUGUUCAGACUUCACAUAAAUCAUUUACUACUAGAUGGAACUGGAAUGAAUGGCUUAGCCUGCCCAUAAAAUUCAGUGAUCUUCCAAGAGAAGCCAUUAUUGCAUUUACAAUAUGGGACUACUAUGGAACAGAAGGCAUGGUCCCUAUUGGAGCAACAACUAUUUCAGUUUUUGGCAAACGAGGAACUCUGCGUAAAGGCAUGCAUGAUUUGAAAGUAUGGCCAGACCGCAAACCAGAUCCAAAUCCACAUUCUGAAACACCUGGCAAGUCAAAAGUUGCAAUAGACAGAAUGAGCCAACUUUCUAAAUUGACCAAAAAACAUAGAGAUGGUCAUAUGACCAAAAUUGAUUGGCUGGAUCGCUUGACAUUCAGAGAGAUUGAGUUGGUGAAUGAACAAGAAAAAAGAGACUCUGAAUGCAUGUAUCUCAUGGUGGAGUUCCCUGUCAUACAUUAUGAAAAUGUAAACUUCUCAGUUGUUUACUUUGAAAAGGAAGGGGAUAAAGCUUAUGAAUUUAGAACUCAAGCUGAAAUUUGUACCAUUCAUGAUCCUGAGUUGCUGAUGGAGAAUAUUGUUGAAAGUAAACAUCAUAAAUUAGCUCGUAGUCUGAGGUCUGGACAAGGAGACAAAGACCUUAAGCCUGAUGCUACAACAAGAGAUUUGCUCAAUAACAUUGUUGGCUAUCCUCCAACCAAAACUUUGUCUUCAGAGGAACAAGAUUUGGUUUGGAAAUUUAGAUAUUAUCUGUCUUCACAAAAGGAGGCUUUAGCUAAAUUUUUAAAAAGCGUCAACUGGAAAUUGCCGCAAGAAUCAACAGCUGCCCUAGAAAUGCUGUUGUCAUGGAGUCCCAUGAAUGUAGAGGAUGCCCUUGAACUUCUUAGUCCAGCCUUCACCCACCCCAGAGUCAGGAAAUAUGCAAUAAUGAGACUUAGAAAAGCUAAUGAUGAGGAUCUCCUGCUUUAUUUGCUGCAACUUGUACAAGCCUUGAAAUAUGAAAACUUUGAAGAAAUCAAGACUCGUACUGAUAUAGAUUUUGUAUCUACACGAACAGAGGUUGACACAAGUCACAUAGAUGCUGAUUCCCCUACAAUAUCAGAUCAACAUCCACUGUCUCAGUCAAAUAUAACAUCAUCGACAUCUAGUUUGGAAGAAGACUCCAAGGCUAGAUCAGAUACAGCAACUACUGAGGAAAAACUGUUAGAUGCUAUAAACUAUGGCAAGGCUGAUACAUCUCUGUCUGCUCUUGAUGAUGAGAUGGACCUUGCAACCUUCUUGAUUUCUAGAGCUUGUAAAAAUCCUGUGAUUUCUAACUAUUUGUACUGGUACUUGACUGUUGAGAAAGAAGGAGACAAAGAUAUACAGAAGGAAGAAGUUCACAAUAUGUAUUCAUUUGUUUUAAAAAGAUUUAACUUUGCCCUGGCAAAAGGCUCCAUGCAAAGCAGAAAACAAAAAGCAAUACUUUUAAGACAACAAUCAUUUAUGAAGAAACUUUGCGCCAUUGUGGAAUCUUUGAAUAGUUAUAGCAGUCGCCAGAAAAAGAUAGAGCAACUUCAGGCUUUACUUCACAAGCCUGACAUAGCUGAGUUAAUGAAUGGCGGUGAGCCCAUCCCACUGCCUCUGGACCCUUCCAUACUUGUCAAAUCAAUAGUUCCAGAAAAAGCCACAGUGUUUUCUAGCAAGUUAAGUCCUUGUCUAUUCACAUUUGAAACUGUUGGUGGUAAGGAAUAUAAAGCAAUAUUUAAAUAUGGAGAUGACCUGCGUCAAGAUCAGCUAAUUUUACAGAUGUUCCAGCUAAUGGAUAAGCUUUUACGUCAUGAGAAUUUAGACCUGCAAAUGACACCUUAUAAGGUUUUGGCCACCAGCAAGGAACAUGGAUUUGUUCAGUUUAUUGAGUCCAUAGCCUUAUCUGAACUGUCGAAAGAAAAAGCCAUCCAGAAAUUUUUAAGACAGCAUAAUCCAUCUGAAACAGGUCCAUUUGGUAUAGUUCCAGAAGUGAUGGAAAAUUAUGUGAAAAGUUGUGCUGGUUACUGUGUUGUUACUUACCUACUUCAAGUUGGUGACAGACAUCUGGACAAUCUUCUACUUACUAAAAAUGGUAAAAUGUUUCACAUUGAUUUUGGCUUCAUAUUGGGUCGUGAUCCUAAGAUUAUGGCGCCACCUAUGAAGCUAAAUAAACAGAUGGUAGAGGCCAUGGGUGGCUAUGACUCUGAACCUUUUCAGAGGUUUAAAGUUUACACAUACACAGCUUUUUUGGCACUAAGAAGGUCUGCCAAUCUGUUUCUUAAUCUUUUCUCUCUGAUGAUUGAUUCCAACAUUCCAGACAUAGCUCUAGAACCAGAUAAAACAGUCAAAAAGGUUCAAGAGAAGUUUGUGCUUCACUUAAAUGAUGAACAGGCUGUGCAACAUAUCCAGCAGUUGAUUGCUGACAGUGUGAAUGCCUUGAUGCCCACUCUCAUUGAAUAUGGACAUAAGAUGGCUCAGGUACUGAGGAAGUGAUUCAUGAUCUCAAUUCCUUCCAUUGGUUUUGCGCUUCAGCAACCUUGCAUUUUAAUUGUCUUAUUAUUCAACAAAACUGUGUUUGUAUCGUUGAUAGACAAUGAGACAAUGGAUACAAAUGAAAACAAAUUGUUGUUUUCUCAACUAAUAUUUUCAUUGUAUAACUUAAGAUGAUUUUAUUUUAAUAAUAAUUGAAAAGGCAUUUUUUUUUCAUUGACAUUGUUUGACAUGGUUGACAGUAGAUGCAAUAUUGUAGUCAAAGAAACACUAAGAAAAAAUGAUACUUUUUACAAGUGUUGUGUUCAUUGAACACAGAUAUUCUGAACACAUUUCUUGUGACUUUUUACACAAUUCGUCAAAUCUUUCUUUUUUGCUUUCAAAUGUAAAUAAAUAUAAAAUAUUGGUUGAUGUACUGUUUCAAUAAAUGAUUUAAUAAAUACAUUUUUUUCGGUCUUA